UCUUCGAGUUGUCCGAUCCUCCCGAGUUGCACGCGGUCAUAUUCCCGCUUCUCAAAGGCUAUAUACCCUUCCAAGCUUAAACGUAAAACCCCCUCUCUUUUCUUGUUCUUCUCAAGUCCCAAAAAUGUCUUCACCGUCACCACCGCCGCCGGAAGUGGUGGUGAAGAAUCGAUUUUUAGGGUUUCUGAUAUGGCAAUCCAUUACCUCUUCCGCCAUCUUCAUCCUCUUCAAAACCUUACUUCUCUCACCGCUCACCAACACUAAUUUAGCAUCACCGUCACUCCUCUCCCUUUUUGCUUUCUUAAUUUUUCACCUCUCCCAGCUCUUCUUCUCUGCUUCACUCGCUCUACUCUCAUCUCCUCAGCCCUAUUCCCUUGCUUCCCCAUUGCAGCUCGCCGUCUCCCUCCUCCGUUUCCUUUUCGUCUCCGAUGACCAUUUCUCGUCCCGUGAUUUCCACCGCCAGGCUAACCUUUAUCUUAGUUUCUUUUUGUUUCUGGCGGCGGCUUCCAUCUCGGGAUUUCUCUCGGUGAUUUGCGUAUGCGGCUGGGCCAACGACGGUUAUGAUGGAGUGCAGCUGAUUGGAAGAAUUGGGCUUAGAGGUUUUGCUUUUGGAUUGCUUUAUGCCUGCUUUUAUAUUUAUAAACAGCGAUGGGUUUUGGAGUUUCCCAUUAUUCAGAGGCCCCCUUUCUUCAGCAUCAAAGUGAGGCUUCCUUUGGCCAUUGAACAAGCUUUAAAGCUCUCAAGUGCAGCUUACGUAUUUUCAGCAGUGCUGCUUCUGUUUCUUCCAAAUCAGUUUAAGAGUUAUGUGACAAUAAAGAAGUUUAUCACUGAGCAGAUCAUCCUGUACUCUGGGAGCCUUUCUGUGUUCCUCUGUUGGGAAAUAAGUCACCAUUUACAUCAGGUGCUACAUACGAAAAGAUUCAUAUUUGCACCACCAAAAGGAUCAGCAGCUGCAGAAACAAAUCCCAGUGAGCCUCUCCUAGCAGCUUUGGAGGAGAGCAGCCCAGGUUCUCUUCCACAGUUUCUUGCAUAUCUUGAUCUCUGUAUGGUUUGUGAAAAUAAUGUUGAUACUUGGCGGCGAGCUGCAUUUUUUGAAGAAACUGGUGAGACUUACAAAAGAGUUGUAGCUGUAUGCUUGAGGCCGCUGGAGCAGCUUGCUUCUACUUUGGGUGAAGGCCUUCAAACUCAUUCUGUUGAUAAGGCUUACCAACAAUCGAAUCAGUUCCAGUCGCAAACUGAUUUACAACAAGACCCAAAGUAUUGCAAACCCCUGAACAACUUCCAGCAAUGUGCAUGGUGUGCCAGGACAGUUGCCUUCUUAACUGCACGCUCACACAAGGAAGAUAGGUAUGGGGUUGCUCAACUGUCUGGUAGUAAUGCUGCUGUUACUUCGACACUUUUAUCUUGCCUGCUUGCUGUUGAAGCAUUCAUGGGGAAGAAGACGAAUGUGCAGACCCCACAUCAGUUGAUGGGGCCGGGGGGUAUUAAAUGGGCUACUCUAAGCACAGGAAGACGAGAUACUGUGGUGGCUAAAAAAAGAAGUGGCCCAGUACAUUCAAAGGCAUAUGCCGUGGCUGAUGUGCUUAAGACCUCAAUUUACUGUAUUAUAUCUGCUUUCCAUGAUGAAAUGCUCACUAGUGACAAAGCAGGCCUUCUUGAAAAGGAUUGGCUUAUUGGUAGCAAGCCACUUUUUGGAACCCGUGAACUGCUCCUGCAGAAAUUGCGUCUUUUCUUGGAUUUUAGAGCUAGCUAGCCAAUUGCUUCCUUGGGCUCAGAGCUAUCUUCCUAUUUUAGGCUAUGCAAGCAAUGGGAUGUUAUGGAGUUCAGUGGCGAAAUGAUUUGUUCAAAUAUUUAGUUGGAUCAAAUGGUGAGAAUAUAAUGUCAACUGGUGUGUUGAGACGAUGAAAUAGGGUGGAGGAUGGUUUAACUGCUUGAAGAGAGAUUUUGGUGUACCAAUUAUACAAACAACUGUAGUUUGGAUUUUUUUUUUUUUUUUUAAUACAUUUGGAUUUUCCAAUGUUGUAGAACGUUGAUCAAGCUGCCAAUGUGACCAUGAGGAUUGUUCAUAAUCUGAAUUUGGAUUUCAACCAA